AUGGCGCCAGCAAAUACCGGAAAGAAGACGACCGCCGGACCGCCUGCCACUUCGGCUGCUUCGAAAGAUGCACAUGGAGGCUGCUCCUCGUCAUCUGUGAAGAAGACGCUCUCCGGAGAGAAACCGACAGCUUCAUCUCCUCCUUCUGUUUCCGCAGCUCAUCCUUCCCCCGCAGCGGAAAAUCGGAAGCCCGGGGGCAGCAAGAAAACCAGCUCGGCAAAGAACCCUGUGGCGCCCCGCAGCAAAACGGGCGGAGGCUCUCGUCGUAACUCGAAGGCGAGUGCACAAGUCUCCACAGGCCCACAUAACGACGUGAACGCAGUUUCUAGCGGAAACAAUUCAGAACUCAUGAGCGCGGGAGGGGGGCCCUCGGCGGCCGGCCCCAGCUUUGUUCCGCUCGUUUGUCUCUUCGGCCCUCCCUGCAGUGGGAAAGGAACGCUGGCUGCUUUGCUUAAGGAGAAACUAGGAAUGCUACACUGUUCGACCGGAGAUUUGCUGCGUCAAGUCGCAAAGGAGGAAGGAGAAAAGAGUGAGGUCGGUGCCGCCAUGAAGGCGGGAAAACUCGUGAACGAUAGGGUCAUUGUUCGUGUUUUGCAAGAUGCAAUGGCGAAGAACGCGAAGGCGGAGUGCAAGGGAAUCAUUCUCGAUGGAUUCCCGAGGAAUGGGGCCCAGGUCGACGUGCUCAGAGAAAUGAAGCUCUGGCCUGAUGUUUCUUUCUUGAUAAACGUCCCCCACGAGACCCUGUUGCGACGCAUGGCGGCCCGCCGCGUAGACCCCGUCACUGGCGAGGUCUUCGGGCUUGGCUCCGAACCAACUGAUGAAGAGCAGAAAAAGAGGCUGAUUCGGAGAGAUGAUGACAGCGAUGAGGUUUUAGAGAAUAGGAUCAAAGAUUUCGCAGCGAACAUGGCAUGCAUAGCGGAGCGCCUCACCGGAGACAAACGACAACGCGGAGAAAAUACUGAGGAAACUGGCACACUGCAAGAUGGAAACGAGAAAGAAGGAAAGACAAAUGAAACCUGUGAACUCAUCGAGGUUCCGGGAGACAGAGAUAUAACAGAGGUUUUCAAGGACGUCCACGAGCAUCUCCAACAGAAAUUCCCGACAGUCUUCAGUUGA